AUGCCCCAGUUCAACUAUGAGUACCGCGCAUCCCGCACAAUCGAGUACGCCGUCCUCACAGCCGCUGCGUGUCUCUCGAUAUAUUGGUACCUACAGCCCGUCCUGAGCCCCGGCGACCCCGUGAAGCCGACGAGAGUGAUUUGUUCCAAGGCCAGGCAAGCGGCGAAGCUGGCAUCGGCAGAUUCGACUCGGGCUUCCUCGCUGGCGCCUAGGAAGUUGGCACCGUCGUAUGCGCCGGGCGUGUUUCCCGGCGGGAGGGAUGUGGAAACUGCGUACGGGACGAUAAAGGUGUUUGAGUGGGGUCCCGAGGACGGCGAAAAGGUGCUGUUGCUGCAUGGCAUCGGGACGCCGUGUGUUGCCUUGGGAGAUAUGGCGCGGGAGUUUGUCAGGAAGGGGUGUAGAGUGAUGCUUUUCGACUUAUUCGGCAGAGGAUACUCCGACGCCCCAAGCGAUCUCCCCUACGAUGACCGCCUGUACACCAGCCAGAUCCUCCUCGUCCUCGCCUCGUCCCGCAUCCCCUGGACCGGCUCAUCCUCCUUCCACAUCGUGGGCUACUCCCUGGGCGGCGCCCUCGCCGCCGCCUUCGCCGCCUACCACGCCAAUCUCCUCCGCUCCGCAACCUUGAUCUGCCCCGGCGGUCUCGUCCGCCCAUCCCACGUCAGUCUCAAGUCGCGCAUCCUGUACUCCGAGGGCCUCCUCCCCUCCUGGCUCGUCAACGGCCUCGCCAGACGCCGUCUGGAACCCCGGCCGGGCACGGCCAGCGCCGACAUCCCGGACCCUAGCGUCAACACCGUAGACGGCGACGACUCGCAAGACGUCGACUUUGACCAAGUCCCCGUGUGCGCGGGGGAUGCGUCCGGCCCCAAGGUCGGGGACGUGGUCAGAUGGCAGCUGCGGAAUAACGCCGGCUUUGUACCCGCGUACAUGAGCACCAUUAGAAACGCCCCCAUCUACGGACAGCACGAGGGAGUGUGGAGGCGGCUCAGUGAACAGCUUGCUUUGAGGAGGGAGGACGAACAGGUGCCGGGUUUGGAGGGAGGUAGGAUAUGCUUGAUUCUGGCGGAGAGAGAUCCGAUCGUGGUCAAGGAGGAGUGGAUUGCCGAUUCAUUUGCCGUGCUGGGCGAGGAGGCUGUUGAUAUUAGAGUUCUCAAGGGCGGUCAUGAGAUUGCCAUUUCGAAAGGAAAGGAGGUUGCUGAUGUUGCCAUGGCGGCUUGGAGGCGAUGA